AUGGAGAAAUUUCCUCUGUUUACUGUUCUGAUUUUGUUUUCGGCCUUCACCGCCGUCGUUUUCGGUUACGAUUCGCCGGCCGCCGCCCCAAAACCCACUAAAACGGCGCAUUCUCCGUCUCCGGCGCAUUCGCCGGUGGUUUCGCCGCCGACUCACUCUGCAUCUCCGUUGACUUCUCCGACUUCUUCUCCACCGGCGAAAACUCCGGCUAUUUCUCCGUCCUUGGCGACCCCACCACCGGUAUCUCCUCCGAAGGCUCCGGCUGCUGCGCCUGUUUCUUCGCCGGCGGCUAGUCCGGUAGUGAGUGGAGUUUCUCCGCCAUCUCCUCUGCCUUCCGAUGCUUCUCCGGUGACUGCACCGGUCGGAGCUCCAGUGGAACCAGAAAUCCCGGCAAACCCAAUCACUGGAGGGACUCCUGUGGAGACGCCGUCGAUAUUUCCGUCGAGUAGCAGCCCGCCAAUGUCGACACCGGCGAGCCUAGCACCGGAAACGGCAGAGCUGCCUGGAAAGGACGCGUCGGCGUCAGGGAAGUACAGAAUCGGGGCGGAGGUUAUUUUGAGUGGGCUGUCUUUAUGGGCCGUUUGGGCCUUUUGA